AUGGAAAUUUCCCAAUACGAGUAUUUAAAAGUCAAUAGGUAUUUGUUAUGUUGCAUAGGACAAUGGCCUUAUCAAACACCGUGGUCGAAGAUUUUAGUUGGAAUAGUGGUCCUGCCAUUGGUCAUUACUCAAACUGUUUUUCAGGUUGGCGGUGUAAUAGCUGCACAAAGAGAGGGUGACAUGGAUGCGUUCGCGGAAGGUUUUGCUCCUUCUCUCAUUAGUUUCUUUUGUAUUGCGAAAUAUACAAAUUUUUUUAAUCGUGAAGCGAUGAAGGGUCUUUUAAACGUGAUGCAAAAUGAUUGGAGGGCUUGUAUGAAAUCGAAAGAGGACUAUGAAAUUUUAUCUAGUCAAUACGCGCUGGGCAAAAGAACCACAAUUAGAUAUACAGCAACAAUAUACGGAUGCAUGUUGCCUUUCAUGGUGAUGCCAACCAUAUUGACAGUAAUUAAUAAAUUAAACGCUGUCAAUGGAACUUACGAGCGACUGCUGAUGUUUCGUGUAGAAUCUUUUUUGGACGUGGAAAAAUAUUACUUGCCUCUUGCGCUACACAACUACGUCUGUACCAUAUCAUUCAUCAACAUAGCUGUGUCUUGCGAUUCGAUGAUAGUACAAUUCGUUCGGCACGAGUGUGGACUUUGUGAAAUUUUUGGACGUAGAUUACAACACAUUCUGGAAAAUAAUAAUAAUUUGGAUAUAGAAUUGUAUCCUAACAAACGGGACGACGUAGCCUAUCGAACGCUGAAAACCUGUGCAAAAUUACACGAUCACAUAUUUGAAUUUGCUCGAACACUUGAGUCCACGUGUACGAUAUCUUAUUUCUUCCAAUUAGGAUUCAACAUGGUCAGUGUGAGCUUCAGUCAGUUUCAGGCGAUCGUGAAUUUAAACUCACCGAGCAAGAGUUUCGGAUACGCUUCGUUGUCGGCAUGCAUGUUGAAUUCCUUGCUGUUCCUGAGCCUGCCGGCGCAACACUUUACGGACGCCAUUGAUCGUAUCUAUGAUUACUUAUCUUCGGGCAAGUGGUAUCAAUUCUCUUUAGGUGCCAGAAAGCUUCUACAGAUUAUGUUGUUAAAAAGCAUACGACGCGUAGAACUAACCGCAGGCAAGGUCUACGUUUUCAAUUUAAUGAACUACAGUUCGAUUCUCCAAACGUCGUUUUCUUACUGCAUGGUACUAUGCUCGUUUCAAUAA